AUGGAACCAUUACUCCGUGAGUUGGUGGAGAAGCCAAGUGUAGCACCGACGAGGUUGUCCCCAGAAACAGUGCUGGCUGAAUACCACCAGGAAGGGUGGCGAGGCGAAGAAGUAAGUUGUUUCGUCUCACAAGCAUCCUUCCUCGCCUGCGAAGUGACGGAGCGAAAAGGUCUUCCUCCCGCUCUCUCUCCGCCUUCUACUUCAGAGGGAUAA